AUGCCGUGGGGCUGCUGCACUGUUCGAGAUGUGGGCCCCCCACCGAAGGCCAUCUUUGGUGACGACUUAGUGGUGCGUUCGAGCAACGUGGAUCUCAAGGUGCCGCUUGUACUGUUGACGGAAUACUUCGAGCCCAUCUUCCGCCACUACGGACCCAAAGCAGCCUUUAUCGACGCCGUGACAGGAUCGUCGAUGAGCUACCAAGAGCUGUGGGAGCAAGCGACCGCGAUGGCAUCGGCGUUCCGGCAACGAGGGCUGAGGCCCGGCGGCAAGGUCUGCUUCCACUGCUCCAACCACGUCAUGAUGUGGCCGGCCUUCUUGGGAAUCACGAGCAUCCACGGAGUGCUCGUCAUGGCCAAGGCUUCGCUCACAGUUCGAGAGCUGCUCUACCAACUAGAUGACUCGCGACCUCAGUUUGUAGUCACCGAGCAAGAGCUUGUGCCCAAGGUUGAGGAGUGCAAGGAAUCCGUGCCCAGUAUUCAGGACGUUUUCCUUUUCGGUGAAAGCGCCGACUAUACUACCCUGAGCGAGCUGCUAGAAGAGGGACGCGUUGCCGGGACGGACGAGGGCGGCGGUCGACCACCGCGAACGGACCCUCGGGACACACCAAUGAGCGUGCUCUACUCGAGCGGCACAACAGGCCUUCCCAAGGGGGUCGUCUCCUCGCACUUCAACUUCGUCAGCCAGAUCGUCCAGAGUGGGACCAACGGCGAGCAGAUUCUACACUACACAGACGUGCUCGCCCAAUGGAUGCCCUGCACGCACCUGUCGGGUGUGUUUUUCACGCUGGUAGCUCUGGCGGAAGGUGCCACUGUCGUGCUUCUCCCAGGAUUCCGUAUCGAGUUGCUUCUCGGCUCCAUCCAAAGAUAUCAGGCUACAUUCCUUCCAUUGUUGCCGACAUUUGCGGUGAUCGUGACUCAGUCGCCUCUUGUGGAGCGUACAAACGUGUCAAGCGUACGAACCCUGGGCAUCGGUGGCAGUGUCACGCCGGAUGUGGUCAUCCAGGACCUACUACGCAUAUUCAACCUUGAGACCCUCUUCCACGUGUACGGAAUGACGGAGAUGAGCGGCAUGGUCAGCGGAACACCUUUGCACCAGGUCUCGUCGGAGACCGUCGGAUAUCCGAUGCCGCUUACUGAAAUCAAGAUAUUGGACCUCGAUACCGGAAAGCCGCUCGCUGCUGACAAGGACGGCGAGAUCUUGGUUCGUGGGCCCCAGAUGAUGCUGGGAUACCUGAACAAACCGGAGGCCACCGAGAACGCUAUCGACGCGGACGGCUGGUAUCACACGGGCGAUGUGGGUCACUACGACGAUCACGGGCAGCUGUACAUCGUGGACCGCGUUAAGGAUCUGAUCAAAUGCAUGGACCAGCAGGUGGCACCCGCAGAGCUGGAGGAUCUGCUGAUGCGCCAUCCAUUCGUUCUCCAGGUAGCUGUAGCAGGCGUGCCACACCGAAAGAUGGGUGAGGCACCCAGAGCCUUCGUCGUGCUUACCGAAGAGGCACGCGCCAUGUCCGCGGAAGAUGUUGCGAAUCAACUCAGCGAAAUGGUCGCUGAAUCUUCGGCGCCCCACAAGCACCUCCAUGGGGGUGUGCAAUUUAUGGAAGAAUUGCCGAAGUCUGAAUCGGGAAAAUAUCUCCGCCGGCAGCUUAGGGAUCAGUAUUUGCAAUCCAUUUUAUGAGCAAACGUCAAAUAAACAAUUACAACCUUG